AUGCUCAACCUGAAUAAAGAGAUUACAGAGCUCUACGAGGGGAUUGAGAAGGAGCUCACCUUGCAGGACAACCAGAGCUAUGCACCGAGGACGUUGGAAAUCUGCCGCAGCGGCCACUCGAAGGGCUGUGUGAAGCCAUCCCAUCUCCGGCGCUUGCUGAAGGAGGCCGAGCAGCCCGUUAUCAUCAAAGGUUUGGCAGAAGGAUGGCCGAAGAACGGGUCUUGGAGCAAGGAGCGCGUCUUGCAAGCGCACGGCGCUGUCGGCGUGACAGUCAGCCUGGGCAGUCUCUAUCCAGCGGAGGGUGGAUUUCCCAAGCGAAGGGUCAAGGUGGACCUGAAGGACUUGGUUCAACGAUUUCUUCCUGACAGCAGGUUUGUGGCCUUCGACAAGGUGACAAAAGCAUUGCUUAGAAGAGCCUUGGGCACUGAGCCGCAACAACUGCUGGACAGGAUGGAGGAGGACAUAGUUCCGGUUCUGUCGGCUGGAGGGCCGAGGUCGGGAAUUCCCUGGCACACACACGCGGAGAGCUACCUGCUUUGCUCGGUGGGCACGAAGCGAUGGUUCACUUUUCCUCCUGGCACUACCGGCGCCAAGCAGCGCGGGCAUCCCUUCCUCGGCUCACUGAAUUGGACCCGUGUGGUCUUGCCGAGCCUGCUGCCAGAAGAGCGCCCCAUCAGCUUCGUGCAACACCCGGGCGAUUUCGUGUAUCUUCCUGCUGCCUGGCCUCACCUCACACUGAACCUGGACGAUUCCCUUUGUUUGGGAUGGCAGAACUGGCUCGAGGACAAGGACGUGCAUCAACUGAUCAAGGGCUGCUCUGCUGCUGCUCCCAGUGAUCCAGAUGCCUGUACCUUGCUCGGCGAGAUCUGCAAUGACGGCUACUGUCCCUUUAGUCGGCAGCAGGCCGAGUUUUUCGACGACGCCUUAAGAGCCUCGCCUUUGCAUCUCGCUGCGGCCGGCCAAGCUGCGCAGUUCGACCAGUCAAGGGUCGAGGAGCUCGCAGUACUCCUCGUGGAGCAGGAGGAAGAACUACUUCAAGAUCCCUUGGUUGACAAUUUGACCUUAGCUUAUGGCUGGAUUUUCUUGGCCCAGACCCUCUACAAUACAGGAGGAGACAAAGACAUGGCCGACGCCUUUCUGACCCGCGUAGGCCGCCUCGUGAAGAAUGAGGAUUUGGCUAUGGAGGCCUUGGCCCUCUAUGACAAGACCAACGGCACCAAAUCGUUUGAUUACGCGAAUGACUUCAAUGAGAGCAAUGCAACCGUAGAGCGGCGUGAGAAACGAGAGAAUCAGAAGACCAAGCGCGGCAAAGGCGCAUGA